GCGCGCACGUGUGUUCUUGUGAUGGGUUAUGGGUUAAUUAGGACAAGCACGCCGGCCGUCGAUGGCCCAAAGUUGGGGUGUACGGGGCCACGCACGGCUCUGCAGGCUCUUCCCUGCAUCUCCACAUAGCGACCCCUUUUGGCGGGAAUGUACCGACGGUCUGCCCCAGCAUCGGCGGGUUUGGGUUCAUCAGGCAUAGGUUUUGGCGGGAGGCAAGGGGUUGGCGACGUACUCGCCGAUGCUGGUGAGAAGAGAUCGGCGGCAAAGCGCCCUGGUGGCGUGAGCGGUAUGCGGGGAGAAGAGGCGGAGGAACGCGGGGAAGGGGAGGAGGCGGAAGAAGGGGAGGAGGCGGAAGAUGGUGGGUUUGCAGGGUAUGGGGAGGAGGUGUUGAGGGAGAGGCCGGAGUUCUUGAGGCAUAGAAGACGGCGACUAACGCCGUCGAAGUUGACGUCAACAAGUAGUCCGAUGGGGUUCCGAACCCCGGACCGUCCUGGCGGAGCGGGGGGGGGAGGGGGGGGUUCCUUGUUCUUCCGCGAGCUUGGGGGGCCGCCAUUCGGACGAGGGGCGACAUCGUCGUCGGCGAUGGAGGAUGCGGAUAUGGCGAGAGAGUGGAAAGCGGGGGCUUAUUCUUCCAAGCGAAGAUCGGGAUCGGGAUUGCGUUUCUUGGGGAAGGUGAAUGUUGAUAAUAAACUGUUCGCUUCGGGGAAUGGGGCUAUUAUUGGCGAGGAUGAUGAUGAGGAGAUGGGAGAAGAAGAAGACGACGGAGGGGGAGGAGGAGGAGGAGGAGGAAGAGGAUGGAGAGCCGAAGAAGAGGAAGACGGCGAUGGACGGGAGGGGCUUUUUUUGGGAACGAGUAGCAGGAGGCUAGGCGAGGCGAUUGCAGGCACACCUGCACCAUCUCUUACGACUCCUCUUCCUCCAUCUCUCCGCACUCCUUACGUGUCCACCCCGCCUCCUCCUUCCAAUCCUCCCUCCUCGCGCUUUGGUUAUUCCAAGGGGAGAUCAGGCGCCAGCACCGGUACAGUGACGACGAGUGCUGGUUUAGCGACCGAUGGGGUCGGCCGCCGUUCGACUGCUGAUGGCGUUGGAGGGGGAGGGGGUGGGCCUGGAGGGAUAGGCUUCGGGUCUGGGUCGGGGUCGGGGUCGGGGUGGGUGAACAAUGGCGAGCUGGGGCAUUUCUUUGGUGGAGCGAGAAUUCCUAAGGAGACGGCGGCUGGAGAGAAUGGCUUGGGAGGAUUAGUCGAUGGCGCAUCAAGCAUGGAUGCACACGAUCAGUUCGCCGAGGCAUUCGAGGCGGUUUUGCUGGGGAAGAUGUCUGUGGCCGACGUGCUGCGGCAGUACUCGCACGUGUGCGCGGAGAUGAGUCAGUUGCUUCGGGAUAGCAUCGGCGACUUGCAUCGGUCGACGGAGGCCCAUUUGAUGAGGCAGAAGAGCGAGAUGCUACGCUCUGAGGCGGCCACGUGGAGUCUGCUCUGGCAUCUGCACGGGAAGGAGACCGAGGAUUUCAAUCCGGAAGUGGAUUUGCUGUGUCCGCCGACGUCGGAGCAAGAAGCCUGUCAGUACAUAACGACGGAUCCGACGGCGCAGCUGUGCGUGCGCAUUGUGGAAUGGCUGGAGGCGCUCGCGUCGGAAGAGAUGGACCGAGUGAGAGAGCGAAAUGGGAGCCACGUGGGAGAUUACUCCAGCAGGCACGGGUUAUGGGUGCACACGCAACGGGCGAUCAGGGACAAGACGGCCAUGGCAGGAGCAGGAGGAGGGAGGGGAACGAGAGGAGGAGGAGGAGGAGGGAUGGCGGCGAUGGUGGUGGGAGCGGUAGACCCGGACGCGACUACCCGGCUGAAGGGCAAAUUGCACCCAGAGGAUGAGCGGGAGGAAGAGAGGUUGAUGGAGGACGUGUGGAAGUUGAUAAGGGCGGGAAGGAGAGAGGAGGCGCGGGAAUUGUGUCGGCAGGCAGGGCAGUUCUGGAGAGCGGCUUCUCUUAGUGGUUGCCGCGAUGGUGGGGGGUCCUUACCGACGGUGGAGGUGCUGAGGGCGACCAACGGGGGAAAAGGAGCGAGAGGGCGGGAAAUGCAGGCGAUCGAGAUGGAGCUGGGGAGAGGGAGGCAGCGGCGCUUGUGGAAGUGGUCGUGUUAUUGCGUGUCGGAGGAGGUGGGGAGUAGUCCCGUCGGCGGCGGAAAGAAGUACGAAGCCGCAGUUUAUGCGACAAUGAGCGGGAACGUGGGGAAGAUGCUUCCCGCCUGCGGGGACUGGGAGUCCGCCUGCUGGGCCUUGUUCCGCUCCUGGCUGGAUGUUCAGAUUGACAAGGAGCUGUCGCGACUUCAUGGCGAGAAAAGCGCGGGUAGCGGUGUGGGAGCAGGAGGGGGAGAGAAGUGGGGGGGCCGCGCGGGGGGGGGCGCAAACGGCGGGGAAGAUGGGGGGGGGAUUGCGCGCGGAGUUGUGGUACCGGCGGUAAUGGGCGGAGUAGAUUGCGCAAGAGAAAGGGACACGGCUGUUACUGCCGCGUUCGAUGCGGCGGCGGCUCCCGGAGGAUGGCCACGUCAGAUCCUGGAUCAGCAUCCUGCUGACGUGGCAGGGCUGUUGCAGAGACUGCAGUCCAGCGAUCUGGUAUCAGAGAACGCUCGGCGAAGGUCUCAGAUUGGCGGGAUGCGCGGCGGCGGCGGCGGCGGCGCGGUUGGGAGCGUCGUUUCCCCGCAUAUGCUGCGCUUCGGCGCCCAUCUCGUCCUCGCUUUGCGGGACAUUUAUACUCAACACCACAAACUGGAAAUCCCCGGCGAUCUGAUCCUGACCAGGUACAUUUAUGACCUGCUAGAGCAGCGCAGGGUGGAGUUGAUUGCCCUCUACGCGUCAAGAUUGGCACCCUAUCAACGAGUCGACGUGUACGUUAUUGUGAUGCAUCAUUGCGCCAGGUUGAGUUUGGAUAUCAAGGAGAAAGUCUUUACGAACGCGCUAAGGUACUUCCCUCAUGAAGGUAGCGGCUCUGUGUCGGAGAUCUUGGACGGUGUCUUGGCGGAAUCACGGGAGGACGAUAAAGGUUUGAUGGCCCCAGAGAGCGGGGCGUCGGGAUCGGGUUCGGGCGGUAAACUGCAGCAGCAACGUUUCUCCUCCUCCUCCUCCUCCUCCUCGCGAAGGCAGGAAGCGCAUCGGAAAGCAAUGGCUGUGCAGUGGCUGUGCUUCAAACCGCCUUCCUUUACAGAGGACGAUGGAACAGAAGCGGCGGGAGGAGGCGGUGGCGGCGGCGGAGGCGGCCGCGGCGGCGCGGAAUCGGGGACGGGGGAGGGUGAGCUGAGACUGACGCAGGCGGAACUUUGGGCGCGGGCUUUCCAACAUAGUAAUCUACUGUUUAGGGAGUUCGCUUUGGCGUCUCUGGCGGGGAGAGAGGCGGAGGAUCCGUCCGCCGCUGCCGUCGAGUUGCUGUCCUACCUGGAGGAGGCGCUGACUGCGCCCGUGGAGAGCAUCUUGCUCGCGCCGACGUCGUACAGAUCUGUGAUCGUACGGCAGGCGCUGCAAGAGUGUCUCGACUGGCGCGGGUACUUCAAGUGCCAGGAGCUGUAUAGGGACUGGCUGAAGGUGGAGAGGAGGAACGCGAUGGUGGCGGAAGAGCUGCUAGCGGAGGAGGAUAGAGAGAGGGCUUGGGAUUCCGCCAGGCGGGCGCUGCAUGAAGGCGUUUUCUGGUUGUCGCAGUACGGAGCUGUGUGGUUGAAGUCAGAGGAAGAGGAGGAGAGGGCAGCGAUGACUUAUGCAGCAGAUGUGACGUGGAUGGUGCUGGAGGUGAGGGCUGAGAUCCUCUCCUUGGACGGACACGUGGCAGCGCCCGGGCCGACGGAAUGCAUCACCAUGGCUAAUGCGUUGGCGGCCUGUGCUGGGGAGGAGGCGGUGGAGGGGAGGAGGUUGGAGGUGAUCGUUCGACCACUCGCCCGCGAUCCCGAGAGCGUCGUCAUUCGGCUUGGCUGCUUGCCCGUCGAAGGAGAUGGCCUCCAUGGGGUCAUCUCGCCGAAUGGGGGCCUGCUAGCAGCGGUCAUGGCGGAGACGAUGAAAGGGGAGCUCCCCCAUUUCACCCCUCACGUAAUUCCCCGGCCUUCUAGGAUAGACGCGUGGCUGGUCGUGAAUCUCAAUCCGGGGGAGAGAAGGAUUCCAGCCCAUGGGAUCGUGAGAGGGCUGUGUAGAAUGUGCUGCCUGCCCGAGAUGAUGUUGCGCUGCAUGCAGCUUCGGACGUAUCUGGCGGGAGUCGACGUGCCAGGUGAUGCAGAUGACAGGGCAGGAACACUCCUGGAACUUGCGGUCGAUAGGGAUGCUGCUCUGUACCAGCUCCUCACUCAUCAGCAGCUCAAAGACUUCUUGGAUAUGGAGCGCCAGGCCUCGGUUCUCGACAUAGAAAUGGAGGAGUAUCGCCGCCAACAGUGAUCCUACCUUCUCCUCUUCACGACACACUACCCCCCCCCCCUCCCUGGGACUUCCCUGGGACGUAUCUUACCGUAUUUGUUGCCAAAUUCAUCCCAGAAAGUUCCAAAGUGAGUCUGAGUACGGCCAAAGUCAACUCUGACUGCUGAUACCUCGUCUGCUUCGUCGCUUCUGCGUCUGUUUGUGUGUCCCCGUGUGUGUGUGUGUGUGUGGGGAGAGAGAGAGAGAGAGAGAGAGAGAGAGAGAGAGAGAGAGAGAGAGAGAGAGAGAGAGAGAGAGAGUAGAUAGCGCGAUUUUGUUGGAUUGGAAAUGGAAGCUGCAGCUUUCAUCAUCUAUCCAUCAAUCAGUGACAACGUGUAUUAAUAAAUAGGCACAAUUGUAGGGUGGUCAGUUGUUCUUGGGUUACGUGGUACUUCACCAUCUCCUCACUUUGUUCGUUGCGUCUCUCUCAUCUGCAGCGCCAGGUGAGGGAAACCCAAGUAAGUUUUCCUCCUUGAGUUAUGUUCCUACACCACUCUCUAGGCUCACCGAUCGUAUGCGAGGAAGAUGACGUCUAUGUUUCCUCUCUUGUUGUGCACUUUGUUCCCCUGGUACUUCCCCACAACUCUUUCUUCCCGCCACCCGCCCCCUCUUGUGCUACUUAGGUCGACAAAGCGAUGAUGAUGAUGAUGAUGAUUGCUGAAUGUGAGGAGGAGGGUGCAUGACAUCCAACUCUUGGUUGGCAGGACUUAUAAAACACGUCCCUUUCUUUGAUCCGAAUGAUCACCGUUUGUCCCCGAAUAGAACGCCUAGGCUUCUUUUUGAUUGCUUGCAUUCAAGGUAAACGCUCUCCCGGUCAGAUUCAUGCAGUUUAGAGGUAUUGUUGCCCAUGUGUUCUAUUCGGGGAGAGAGGGUGGUAGCGGUACAUGAUUCUCGAAACAGUGGUGCGUGAUUAGAAAGCUGCUCGUCAGCAACAUCAGCAGCUUUUUUUUUUUUUUUUUUUUUUUUUUUUUUUUUUUUUUCCUUGGUUAAAGGACAACACGUUCGUUUGUCGAAGUUCAGUUGGAAGCAAAUGGAGAGCGGCAGCCUUGAUUCUAGCUUUAGUAUUUUUGCAUUAUGAUUUUCACAUGUGGUUUUGAUCUUUCUUUCUGAAUCCAUGUGUUGAGGAGGAAUCCUUUCGUUUUCGGUGCUUUCGCGAAGACAAGCCGAACAUUACCCCAAUUUGCUCAUGGGGUGAUCUCUGAGAUACAUUAAGGUACUAAUGGCCACAUUUUAUGGUCUCCCAUCGUCGACAGAACACGAAUCUGGUCCACAUUGCAGACUAGCUGACUCUCCUUGUUGCCAUCAGUAACUAUUUAAAAGCCACUCUCUCUCUCUCUCUCUCUCUCUCUCUCUCUCUCUCUCUGUCUCUCUCUGUCUCUCUGGUUUGAAGUGGGGGGCAGGCUUUAGAGGUCGAGAUCGUGGGUGCUAUCAUGUC